GGAAUAGAUCCCUCCAAACGGCUCCUUGAAUAGUCGCUGCCGCAAUUUUUCCUAACUCCAAUCCAAGCUUCAUAUUUUUCGCGAAAUACCAGAAGACAAGACAUCAGCUUCAUUUCUUUCCAGACUGAAUAUACCGGUUUUAUUAAGCAAGAGGGUUGCUUCUGAUUUGGCCAUCCUGCCAUGGCUAAUAAUUCUCACUUCACUGGCAUGCAGCCUCCUAUUCCGCCUUUGGCUGGUCCUCCAGGUCCUCAUCAGGGUGCUAUUCCAUCCAUGUCGCUGCAGCAGUUCCAGCCUAUGCUUCCACCCCAGCAGGCACAACCAUAUGUUUCCGGGCCAUCUCAACAAUUUCAGCCACUUGGACAUACAAAUGUUGCAAUGCUUCCUCAACCGUCACAAAUCCAAUUUCCUCAACCAAUGCAACAGGUUGCUGGUAGACCUGUAGUAGGAGGACAUAGCAUGCCUCAAGGACCGCCUACACCCCAUGAUUUUCAGCGAAAUAGGCCUGUCACUCCUGUUCAAGCACCACUCCAGCCAAAUCUUCCAAUGUCAAAUAACCACAUGCCUGGUGCAGGUGGCCCAAGUUUGCCAUUAUCUUCUUCAUAUAAUCAGGUAAAUGCAGAUUCUUCCAGCUCCCAGUAUCAGAUGCAGAUACAUGAUCAUAGUUUUCCGUCAGGGGGACAACCCUGGAUGUCAACAAGUAAUCAUAAUGUGAACUCUGUGACAAAUAUGCAGAAGACUGGGGAACUAGCAGCCCACUUGGCUGUUCCAGAAGCUGUUUACGGGGUUGACUCUGUUGAGACUGCUCUGUCAGAUUGGAUUGAGCAUACUUCUCGAAAUGGGAAGAAAUAUUAUUAUAAUCGAAGGACAAGAAUCUCUAGCUGGGAGAAACCUCUAGAGCUGAUGACAGAAAUGGAGAGGGCGGAUGCAUCAACUGACUGGAGAGAAUUUACAAGUCCUCAGGGAAAAAAGUAUUACUACAACAAGGUUACUAGAAAGUCAAAAUGGAAAAUGCCUGAUGAAGUCAAGUUGGCUCGUCAGAGUAUGAAAGUGGAUUUAGUCAAGGGAUUGGGAAAAGAAAGGGAUAGUAUUUCACACGCUUCUGAUUUUGGAUCCAUUUCUGGUGUGAAAACAUCAUCCCCCGGUGCAAAUGGUUCACCAGUCUCAGCACAAGGAGCUAUGUCAAGCCCAAUUGCUGUGGCACCAGUUUCUAACUUACCAGCUAUUGUGGCUUCAGAAUCAAGUUUAUCUGGUAAUAUUUCUUCCCUGACGAUUGGUGCAGUCGAAAUGCAGAAUUCUUUGGAACCAGCCUCGCCAGCUGUUGCUACUUCAGAGAAAAAUGGAACAGCAGUAACCUUGGAAAAUUCUGUUGCAACACCAGUGACUAGUUCUGAGUUUCCUUCAGCUCAGGACUCAGUAGUGUAUGAAGAUGGAGUUUCUCUGGAAAAUACGGAGGAAGUUAAGAAAGAUGCUAUGAUAUCUGAAACAGGAAGUGUUACUCCAUCAGAAGAGAAAACAGUUGAGCCGGGACCAUUAGUUUAUGAGAGCAAAGCGGAGGCGAAGAGUGCAUUCAAAAUUCUUCUGGAGUCUGCAAAUAUUGGGUCUGACUGGACGUGGGAUCAGGCAAUGAGAGCAAUAAUCAAUGACCGGAGAUAUGGUGCUCUAAAAUCUCUUGGUGAGCGGAAGCAAGCUUUUAAUGAGUAUCUAAGCCAUAAGAAAAAACUGGAAGCUGAAGAGAGACGUAUUAAACAGAAGAAAGCUCGGGAAGAUUUCAGGAUAAUGUUAGAAGAGUGCAAGGAGCUGGCACCAUCUACAAGAUGGAGUAAGGCAAUCUCCAUAUUCGAACAUGAUGAACGUUUUAAAGCUGUUGAACGAGCAAAAGAUCGUGAGGACCUUUUUGAAGAUUAUAUGGAGGAACUUGAGAAAAAGGAGCGUGCAAGGGCAUUGGAGGAGCAGAAGCGCAACCGAGUGGAGUAUUUAGAAUUUUUAAAAUCCUGUGACUUUAUUAAGGCCAGCAGCCAGUGGCGGAAAGUUCAGGACCGCUUAGAAGAUGAUGAAAGAUGCUCUCGCCUUGAGAAAAUUGACCGUUUGGAGAUUUUCCAGGAAUAUAUACGUGAUUUAGAGAGGGAAGAGGAGGAGCAUAGGAAGCUGCGGAUGGAUGAAAUGAGGAAAGCAGAACGUAAAAAUCGUGAUGAGUUCCGAAAACUGAUGGAAGAGCAUGUUGCUGCGGGAAUACUUAAUGCAAAAACUAACUGGCGUGAUUAUUGCAUCAAGGUCAAAGAUUUACCUGCAUAUCUGGCUGUCUCAUCAAAUACCUCAGGGCCAACAGCAAAAGACUUAUUUCAAGAUGUUUUUGAUGAGCUGGAGAAACAGUAUCUUGAUGACAAGUCACGCAUUAGAGAUGCAGUUAGGAUGGCUGAGAUAGGACUGACAUCAACCUGGAUGCUUGAAGAUUUUAAGGUUGCAAUUGCAAAGGAUAUUAGCUCUCCACCAAUAUCAGAUACCAACUUAAAGUUUGUCUUUGAAGAGUUACUGGAAAGGGCCAGGGAGAGAGAAGAAAAAGAAGCUAAAAGACGUAAACGUCUAGCAGAUGAAUUCUAUGAACUUCUGCAUACAUCAAAGGAAAUUACUGCAUCAUCAAAAUGGGAGGAUUGCAAAUCCAUCUUUGGAGAUAGAAUAAUGGGCGAAGAGAGCUUUCUUCUGGAAAUAUUUGACAAAUUCAUUAGUGAACUAAAAGAAAAGGCAAAAGAGAAGGAGCGGAAGCGGCAAGAGGAUAAGUCAAGAAAAGAGAAGGAAAGGAAAGAUAGAGAAAAGAAGAAGGAAAAGCAUAGAAGGGAUAAAGACAGAGGGGAUAAAAGCAGGAAAGAGAGGGAAAGAACCAAGAAAGAUGGCACAGACAGCGACAAGGCUGAUACAUACAGUUUCGAGGAGAUCAAAAGGUUAGGAAGUGACAGAGAUAAGAAACACCGCAAGCGGCAUAUGAGUUCCUUUGAUGACAAUGAAAAUGAGAAAGAUCAUUCAAGAAAUUCUUACAGACAUGAUAAUGAUCAUAAGAAGUCAAAACAGGUGGACCAGCACGUGUGGAGUUCUGAAGUUAAUUCCGAGGGCCAGCAUAAGAAACAAAAGCGAGAUCAUCGGAGUGGUUCUCUUAGGGAUGGUGACAAUGAGGAUCAUAAAGAUGGGGAAUUUGGUGAGGAUGGAGAAGUUCGAUAUUUUACAAGCAGAUGUUCUGGUGGCAUUAUUUAGCUCAGGAAUAUAAUUCGGAAGGUGCUGAUUCAUACAUCUUUUAUCAUUUGACCAGUCCAAAAACACAUAUGCAGUGAAGCAGCAGAAGUUAGUUAUAUGCCAUGGACAUUGACAAACAAAUGAAUUUUUAGAAAGCUCAGACCUCGUUAACUUCAAUUUUAAUGCCCUAUGUUUUUCUUUUAUGCUUUUCUUAGUUGAAAGUUGAGGUGUGACAUACAGUGGCUGAGCAAGACGAGUGCAUCUGACUUGGGGGGUGCAAUUCUGGUAUGGUAGGUGCACUUGCAGUUUCUUCCAUUCUAGCUUAGACGUAGGUAAUUUCCAUAUUGAAGGCAGAGGAGUUGUUCUUCAGGUCCUUCACUUCAGAGAUGUCUUUAUAAUAUGGUUGAUAUUGGAGCGGUGGGACCAUUAUCCAGGGAAGGAGUCAUCGCAGUGAACUACAGCAAAUAAAAUUUCUGGUUUGCAUC